UGUUUCGAUCUGUAUCCAGCAGAUGGGGACACCCAUACUUCCGAGUGCUUUUGAUGUCUAGAUGGAUCUCUCUUUUUUACACGACUGGUCUGAUUUCAAGACACGCCUCCAAGCUUGUACGCGUAACAUGAUUGGACGGCGAUACACAUUCUCAAAUAACAUGAGAAAGUUUCUAAAAGUUUGGUGGGUGCUGCAUUUUUUAGUAAACAUCAACAAAAGUAGAAUACUGCUGUCCUACUGAAGACGAUUAGCCAUUUUAAAGGUCAUUGUUUAAAUAGCCUAAGAUAUGUCACUUUGUAAAGAGAAGGGAGACAUUGCCCAGAGUAAAAGUAAUGGGGACAGCUUGAAGAAGUCCAGAGCGGUCUGCGGGGUUUGUAAUCGGAUGUACCGAGAGCCUAAAAUCCUUCCCUGCCUGCACACGUUCUGCGCGGACUGCGUUCGCCAGCUCGAGCCCUUCUCGGUGCGUCGCGUAAACGGGGACCGACGCUCGCCCGGUGAAGACAACUCUGGCUCUGGCUCCACAAUCCUAUGUCCCCAGUGUGAUUCAGAGGUGGAUCUGCCGCCGUCGGGUGUGGAUGGGCUGACCACUGAUCACCUUGCGCUGGACGAGGUUUUCACGGAGACACUGGUGGUGAACAACAGUGUAUUGUGCGACUUGUGCAGCGACAGCGACGCGGGGAAGCGCUGUGAGGUGUGCUGUGUCAAUCUCUGCGACUUCUGCAGUCAGGCCCACAGGAGACAGAAGAGGACCUCGUCUCACUCCAUCCAGACCCUACAGGAGCUGAAAUCUCAGGGUCGUCUUACAAGGCCCAUCCUGUGCUCUCUACAUCCUGGCCAGGAGCUGCGUCUCUUCUGUGAGCCAUGCGACCUCACCGUGUGCCUGGAGUGUGCUGCCACUUUCCACCGCGAGCACCACUGCAGCUCUACUCACGAAGUCAUCAGCCGAUAUGGAGAUCGCAUCAGGGAUUUGCUCGUCAGGAGCUUAAAGCCUCGCCUGGCUCGUCUGGAGGAGUCUUUGAGACGGGUGGAUACGUCCCAAGAAGCGAUGCAGGCCCGGACUGAUACACUGGCAGGUGAAAUUCGAGCGUUCGCUCGGGCCUAUGCUAGCGCAGUGGAGGCACAUUGCUGUUCACUGCUGCGCUCGCUGGACGACUUGAGGACGCAGCGCAGGAAUCAGCUUCAACUGCAGAAGGCUCAACUGCAGCAGGCCUUGUCUGAUGUGCGCGGUGGGGUGGAAUUCACAGAGCGCCUGCUCAUGUGUGGCUCAGAUGCCGAAAUCCUCACUGCCAAAGGCGUCACUAUGAGGAGACUGGUAAACCUUGUGGAGUCAGGGUUUGACCCACAGCCAUCGACGGUUGCCAGUGACAAUGCCAGCAGCAUUUGUUUUCUUCCUCAGGAGAGUGCUGGAGAGGUGGAGGGAUUUCCUGUGGUAGGAGCCAUACAUGCCAAGACUGUGGACCCCAGCAAGUGCACUAUUCAGGGAGAAGGUGUGGAGCGAGGUUGUGAAGGUCAGCGGGGCGAGUUCACUCUGGUUUGCAGGGACACUUCUGGAGAGCAGAUGGGCCAGGGUGGAGACCCUGUGAUGGUCAGCAUAGUCCACAGGGAGAAGAAGGGCUGCAGUGUAGAGGCGUCUGUGGUGGACAACAGCGACGGCUCCUACUGUGUGUCUUACAGCCCUGCUGAGGCUGGACUUUACUCAGUGUGGGUCUGUGUUAAAGCACAGCACGUCCAGGGCUCACCAUUUGUGCUGAACGUGAAGAGGAAGUUGAGACGUCACAGUGGUAUCUUCCACUGCUGCUCCUUUUGCUCCAGUGGGGGCAGUAAAGAGGCUCGCUGCGGCUGCACAGGGACCAUGCCAGGGGGGUUUAAGGGUUGUGGACACGGUCAUAAAGGACACCCCGGUAAGCCGCACUGGUCGUGUUGUGGGAGUGUAAUGGAGGCCUCUGAGUGUGUUCUCCAUAACCUGGGAUCUAUGUCUCCACGUGGACACCUCCGCACUGUGGAGCUCUGACAUUAAAAACAAAUAUAUGGAACUCCGUCAUAUGGAACUUUAAUUAUAAACUCAUCCUGCAGAUCCUUGAGUCUCACAAAUAGCCAACAGAUGAUUAAAAUAUCAUGGCAGUUUUGAGAAAUUGAUAUUGUGGCAAUCAUAUUAUCUUUAAUCAUAGUGUUAUUCCAGACAAUCAUACACAGGAUUUUGAAUGAUUACUGCUUUUUAAACUGUCUGUCAUUUAAGAGUAAGCAUUUCAGUUGUGUAUGUAUUUACUGUGUCCCUUAAAAAGAUAAAAUGCAUCCAUAAAGUAUUCAUACCGCUUCACUUUUUCCACAUUUUUUAUGUUGCAGCCUUAUUCCAAAAUGGAUUAAUGUUAUUUAUUUCCUCAAUCUUCUACACACAAUACCCCAUAAUGAUAAAUUGCAAAUUUAUUGAAAAUAAAAAAUCUGAAAAAUCACAUGUACAUAAGUAUUCACAGCCUUUACUCAGUACUCUGUUGAUGCACCUUUGGCAUCAAUUAUAGGCUCAAGU